CCCGCAGGGUCACUGGCGCAUGUUCUGCGCGCAUGCGCAUGCGCAUCUGCAGGUGGGCGUGUGUAAGGCGGGGUCGGACGGGGGACGGGGAGGGCCGUGCUGGUCGUCGCUCCUCCUCCUCCCCCCGUUUUGCCCCUCCUAGGCCUUGUGGGCCGGGCAGCCAUUUUGGGAAGAGCUUUGUUAUGGUUGUGGGCUAGCCACCUCUGCUGGGUCGAGAAGCUGGAGACGCGUCCUCAGACGACGCGUCUAGUUCCUGGCCGUAGUCCCGCUGCUGCCCGUUGGUGUCUUAUCUUUAACACUCCUUAUGUGAGGUGAAAACAAAGAGUGAUAGAUUUAUGUGGCCUUUUAAAUGAUUGAGUAAUAAUGGAAAUGGAUCCGAAAUAAGAAGUGACUUCUACCAAAGCAGAAGAUUCUUCAUAUCACCUUUCAGUAGCUCAAUUCAGUAUUUGGAAGGGACAGAACACGCGAAAUACAGAAAACCGAAGAGAAGAAAACCUCCUUUUGGAACUAUUUUUCUCCUUGACUGCUCCUUACCCCCAUGUUUCUACUUGUUUUAACUUUACUCUGAAUUUAUAAGUAGUAAAGGCCAAAGAAAUAGAAUAUACAUUUAGGAACUUUAUGCCAAGAGCUUUUUUUUUUGAAAGUUGCUAUUCUGUGGAGGGAAAAGUAUAUCAAGUUCCUGUCUGAUUUUUUUUGUUUGUUUCUUGAAAUAAGAUUUCUUAUAUCCUUAGAUUUUGAAGGUUAAGACAAAUAUAAGUACAUAUCUGCACAUUAUUUUUAGCAGUUGUGUGAGUAAAAGUAAUAAGGUUUGUAUUUUAAAGGGCUUUGUCGUGUGGAUGUUUUCCCACUGGAGUUGACUAUUCAGGUCUUUUACAAGACUUUAAUAUUAUAUUUUUGUUCUAUUACCUUGAUGACAUUACUUGCCCAUACUUGAGCCCACCUGUCUUUCUAACUAUGACCUUGUUAUGAAUAGUGUUUGUACUUAACUGUGCAAAUGUCCAUGUAUUACCUAAGUAAGCAACAUCAUAGUGCCAUAACUCAAGGAAGUUGAAUGAGGUGAACAUAGACAUAGCUUUUUCCCCUUCCCCUCCCUUUUUUAAAUGUAACAAAUACUUUUUAUGUUCCCCUUCCCCCUUCCCCCUUCCCCCUUCCCCCUUUGGAAACGUGUCAGGAACUAGGUAGUUUAGGAUGAGCAUUUGAGGGGACUGAGAAAGUGAUCCACACAGAACCUAGUUUCUUUGUGCUUCAUCAUAAGUCGUGCUGCUGGCCAGGUUACUUAAGCAUCCUUUGACCAAGAAAACCUCGUGGGAUAUCCAGCUGGCAGACUCAAGGAGUUCGGGAAACAGGACCGCAGAGGUUAUACUCUGGGAUCCUGGCCAUGAGGUUGGAUGCCUCACCUUGCUGAAAAGAGACACUGGACCUAAAUGGCGCAGCAUGAUUUUGUUCCUGCUUGGCUAAAUUUCUCAACACCACAGUCAGCUAAGUCACCUACUGCCACCUUCGACAAACACGGAGAGCACCUACCCCGAGGAGAAGGUAGAUUUGGAGUAAGCCGGCGUCGACAUAAUUCCUCUGAUGGCUUUUUUAACAAUGGACCCCUACGAACUACAGGAGAUUCUUGGCACCAGCCCUCCCUGUUCCGUCAUGAUUCUGUGGACUCUGGUGUCUCUAAGGGAGCAUAUGCUGGAAUCACAGGGAACCCCUCUGGUUGGCAUAGCUCUUCCCGAGGUCAUGAUGGCAUGAACCAACGUAAUGGAGGUGGCACAGGGAACCAUCGCCACUGGAAUGGCAGCUUCCACUCUCGGAAAGGAUGUACCUUUCAGGAAAAGCCACCUACAGAGAUUAGGGAAGAAAAGAAGGAAGAAAAAGCAGAAAAGUUACAGUUUGAAGAGGAAGACUUUCCUUCUUUGAAUCCAGAAGCUGGCAAACAGAAUCAGCCAUGCAGACCUAUUGGGACCCCUUCUGGAGUGUGGGAAAACCCACCUAGUGCCAAGCAACCCUCCAAGAUGCUAGUUAUCAAAAAAAUUUCCAAAGAGGAUCCUGCUGCUGCCUUUUCUGCUGCAUUCACCUUACAAGGAUCUCACCAUGCAAAUGGGAACAAAUCGUCAUCCAUGGUUCCAAGUGUCUAUAAGAACCUGGUUCCUAAGCCUGCACCACCUCCUUCUAAGGUAUGAGUUAGAAUCAGUAUGAGAAC